AUGAGGAUAGGAAAUAGGUCUCAGUAUGCUAUUGGUGACGUGUUUGAUGGACAGGAGCUGAUCAUCCCCGGGGAUCCCAGGAAUACAAGUAGAUACGUCCUGGUUGUACCUAGAAAAGAUGGAGCCAAGUACAUUCGAAUUUUGGACAGAUACAAGGGUUAUACUGGCAAGUUAAAAGCUAAUGUUUUGGAGUUUCUGAGAUAUCCCACUGAUUUACACUAUACAAAGAUUCAGAGGAUUCCUCUGGAACUGGAUGUAUUCUAUCAGACCCCUACCGAUGUUGUUAAUGCCGAGCUUCUAGUUAAUUGGCAAAAGCACAAUGAGGAUGUAGCAAAUGGAAGGGCUACCAUGGAUACGCCAGAAAAUUUGGAGACUAUUCCCACAAAGUUUACCAUUCAGGAAAGGAUGCAAGAUGAAGUCGUACUUGGCGUAGUAAAGUACAAUGGAUACAUUGUGGAGAGCAGGACUGAUGGACUAUUGAACAGAGAAGUCACCUGGGAGGGAGGAGUGGAACAGCCAAGGAUUAUAAUUCUAUCCAGAUAUGCGGAUAAUCACGAGAUAAGAGGUGAGCAUCAGUUUGUAGAGGAACUGGACAUGUUUGAAAGUCACAUGAAUAAGAAACGUUUUAAUAGUAUCCAAUAA